AUGCUGAGUGGCUCCGGCAGCUACUGUGGUUUAAGGUCGUUAGUCAUCCGCUGCUACUGCAGGAGACACGGGAGCGCUGUGCCAGAGCUGUUCGUGCAAUCCUUUUGGUCCUCCCAGGCCAGCAGGAUGAGGGGGUCUAGGCAAACAUUACUUAACUUAUUCUGCAUCAUCUGGCUCCUGCUUCUGCUGAAGGCUGUCUCUUCUUCCCCACUCCCCCAUGGAAAUGACCCACCGACCCCUGCACUCUCCUCCGGGCUGUACAAAGGACACACCUGUGUUGGAUGCGUGCUUGUGGUGUCUGUAAUUGAACAGCUUGCACAGUGGCACAACAGCACAGUAAAGGCAGCCAUGGAGAGACUGUGCACCUAUACCCCUGAAAAAAUGCAAGGUUUCUGUUAUGUACUUGCUGAACUUUAUGGGCCACACAUAGCUGAACUCAUUGACAAGGAAAUGAAUGCUGAUGUGGUCUGCCAUUCCUUGAAGCUGUGUAAACAGGAUCCAGGACAACCACUUUGUCAUCUCUACCCUCCUCCAAAGGUGGGGCUGAGUACUGCAAUAAGGAGAGCAAAAAGGAUUAUGAAGACUUCCAAGGAUCUGAAGAGCUUCAUGGGGUUCUCAAGUGUAUGUGCAUUUCCUCUUCUGGCUAACUUGUGUGAGAAGAUUAAACACGUUAUAAGAAAUAAACUGCCUUUUGAAGAUUUUGAUGGAGAUAAAUUUAGUACUUUCCCGACACUGAGGGGCUAUCAUUGGCGAGGCAGAGACUGCAAUGACAAAAACAUGACUGUGUACCCUGGCAGACGUCCUGAUAAUUGGGAUGUGGAAAGUGACUCUAACUGCAAUGGCAUAUGGGGUGUGGAUCCAAAAGACGGAAUUCCCUAUGAGGAGAAAUUCUGCAAAGGUGCAGACUCGCAAGGAGUUGUGCUAUUGGGAGACUCAGCCGGCGCUCACUUCCACAUCCCUCCUGAGUGGAUGACCGUCACGCAGAUGUCAGCGAAAUCAUUUGCUAAUCUCCCAAUGGCUUUCACCAAUGAGCUUGACUGGCCCCAGUUCUCAGAGAUCACCGGAUUUCUGAAUUCCACCAUUGGAGGCUGGACAGACUCUCUGUAUCUACGUUUACGCAGGAGAAAUCGCUGUAAUCACAGAGACUUACAGAACAUUUCCCAAAAUGGUGGUUCUUCAGGAAACCUCCUCUAUUUGAUAAAAAGCUUGGCCAGAAACCAGCUGUUGGACAAUCCAGCCAUAGUUACCUAUGCUACAAUUGGGAACGAUGUCUGCAAUGGGAACCGCGACACACUGGCUCACAUGACUACACCCAAAGAAAUGUUCUCCAAUGUGGUGCAAGCUUUGCGGUACCUGGACUCCCGUCUUCCAAAUGGCAGCCACGUUAUUUUAACAGGCUUGGUAGAUGGUCGCUUCCUCUGGGAUAAUCUGCAUGACAGAUACCAUCCUCUAGGUCAGCUGAACAGCGAUAUCACGUACAGUCAACUCUAUUCUUUCCUUGACUGCCUCCAGGUGAGCCCCUGCAGUGGCUGGCUGACCCCCAAUGAGACCCUCAGGAAUUUGACCUCAGAGAGAGCUUUACAACUUUCCAAUGUCCUGAAAGAAAUAGCGAGAUCUGAGAAAUUUGCCAACUUUGAUGUUUUCUACAUGGAUUUCCCACUGAGACAAACAGCUGAAGAGUGGCGCAAGAUGGGAGGCGAGCCCUGGCAGCUGAUUGAACCAGUUGAUGGUUUCCACCCUAGCCAGAUUGCUGCAGCCAUUGGAACAGGCAUUACCUGGGAGAAGGCGCUACAGGAAUGGCCUCAAGUGCUUGGAAAGGAGAAUCCAUUCAAUGACCAGAUUGAAGCUAUAUUCAAAGAUCAAGGCGGACACUGACUUCCAAACUGCCGGAGCCCUGAUGCAGUUUACCAUGACGCUUCCCACUGCAUUCCAUGAAACAAAAUGAUUAAAGACAAACAAAAAAAGGGGAAGGGCAAGUUACCAGAACCACCAGCAGAGGACAUAACACAACAGCAUUCUCUUCAGUUUGUAUUUCACCUACACGAGUAGGCUAUGCUUUUUCUGUGGAGCUAGAAAAUAAAAAUCAAAAGAUACCUGCCAGCUAAACCAUUUAUUGUGCUGGCUUGCAAUUCUGUACAAUUUUUUCCAAACAUAGCACACUCUUAGCCUUUUCUCAUUUUAUUUUCCCCUGCAGAACGUUAUUUCUGGGCUUUGCAUUUAUACUGUUUCAACAGUUCAUCUGAUCCCAAAAGCGGAGGAACCCCAAACUCAUUUUGUUGCUAUAAAUUGUGUGUAUGUAAUUGCCCUGACUGUCAAUACAUUAUUUAGCUGCUAUUUGCUUAUUAAAAUGUGCCAGGAAUAACAAGGUGCUAGAAUUUUGAUUUGCCUGGCAGCGUUAGAGCAGGUUCUCUACCCCCCCAUCAACAAGACAGUAACUUGACAACCCUUCAUGUAUUUAAAAUAGGUUUCUUUUCCAAUCUUUAAUACAUCUUUGCUCCUUUGCUUUCUAACAAAUGAGAUACGCAGUCCUGUACCUUUUACAGGCAUGACUUAGGGAAUCACUGAAGGUACUGGGCAGCUACUUCACAUGCAAACUUGAAGACUGAGAAUUACUAGCAGUUUUUUUGCCAGCAUAUUCGAAUCUUUUAGCAAAAAAGAAAAGGAUAAAUAAAUAAUAAAAAGACAGCUUUAUACUGCUUGCAGCCCUGCUGGUGAUAAAGGAAUCAGACAUUAUAGAACGUCAGUAUUUAUGGAAAAAAAUCUGGUGAAUAGAAAGUGUUAACAUGAGAUGACCAAAACCCAUCUGAAUUGGUCAAAGCUCAGGUGGAUUUGCUCUGCUCUUUGUCCUGAACACAUUCCUUGGGCAAGGCUGCGUCACCCACACGCUGGCUCUUAGGCUGCGGUUCAGACUAAAGGAGAUGGCCUGGCUGCGUACGGACCUCAGCACACUGAUGAUGGCUGUGAGAGAUGCAGCCGCUCAGUAUUAUGAAUAGGCAGCUAAUGCUGUUUGAUUGAAGCACAGAUUAUUGCUACCCUAGAUCCUUUACGGUUUUUUUUAGAGCACAGUUAAUGCCACGUAUUUUAUUAAGAUAGAAACUCCUUUGGGACAACUGCUAACAUUUAAGUAAAUAUUCAAGUCACCUAGUUUAGGAAACCAAAGGGAAUACAUUCCUUAAUUAAAUGAUACUUACUAAUAAGGCCCCAAUUCAUUCAAGACAUUUAGAUAUUACCAAAAUAUCCAGUCUCCCAAGAAACAGUUUCAACUCCACAGAGGCAUGCCUGAGGAUGACUAUUUACCCUUAGAAGGAAAAUAAAAUGUACCUGCUUCCUGUACAAAUUCUCUCCCUCAAACAGCAAAACAUCCAACACACACUGGUCAGGCAGAACACCUUCUAACUACUUACCACUUAUUCAGGCUUCCUAUCUCUCAUUAAAAACAGCACAAAGACGGAAACAAGUGCACCCACGUGGUUUUAAUAGAGACCAAGUACAGCACAGACAAUAAUUAUAGAAUAUCAGAUAAUUUCCUCUACACCAAAAUAAGGAAAUGUAGCAAUUAAAAGGGGGAAGGGAACAGUAUGUGUUCAGAGGCCAAAUUUUCAAGCAAUCUCACUGCAAAUUAUUGUAUUUCAUUUGAGGUUGUGAUUUAAUAACACCAAUUAGGAGCUUUACAAGCUAGUAAAACUGAAAUUUCUUCAGCUAAAAUAAGCUUCAUCGCCCAGAGCAAAGCAUUUUCCAUUUGCAGCUUUCUUAUUAGUGAACAUCUUGAAUUUCUAAAUAAUGGAAAGAAAAGCUUUCUAUAUAAAAUUAGAACAGCAUCUUCUAAAAGAUGAGCUGAAACCCCCAGUUUUGCUUUGGAAUUCUCCUCUCAGAUAUGCCCAGUAUAAUUGCUCCAUUCUUGAUAUGGUGUCUCUGAGGGACUUCAUGAAAUGGGCUUGCCACUGGCUGAAGGAGCACAAACAAAACCAUAUGUCCUCAUGUCUCAGAGGCGAACUCUGCACUUCAGAAUUAGGUUGCAUGCAGAAACACAAUUUGUAACUAAGACAGUAACUACUUGCAAAUAAAGAUGAAUUUUAAGUCUAUUAAACCAUCAGCUUUUACAGCCACAGUCUCUCCCUUAUUUCAAAGAAUCUCCAAACCAUUUGAAAAUCUGCACCUCCAACCAUCAAUCACUUAACAGUACUACUCUAAAAAUAAAUGCCCUAUAUUCAAAUAAAUGCUUCUAGAAAAGCUUACUUAUCCUAAAGCAGGAAUGAGCUAUGAAUCCUAGUCUACUUCAUUAGUUUAACUGUUUCCUGGUGCUUAGAUCGGUUGAAGGUGACAAAUGCAUAGGGAAGAAAGAAAUAAAACAGGAGGAAAAAUGUUUCUCAUGGAAAGCUAAAUACAGUUCCAUGAAAUUUGAACUUUACAGCAGAACAGGUUUGUAGAAGGAAUGGCCUCUCCGGUUUUUUUGAGGGAGAACUAAAGCACAUGAAUACAGGAGGGUUUAUGUCACUGCCGGAUUCCAACACACUGCAAAUGGGAAGGGUUUGUUUAUGUUAUUCUGUUCAUAAAUAGCUUUUACAAAACUUAAAGCUUUGUUUGAAAUCAGUCAGUAGGAACAAUUUUUGAGGUACAGAACAUAUUUAGCUACCCAAAGCUAUUUGAAUUCAUGCAGUCAGGCCUCUUCCAAAAUUAUCCACUACAAACAUGAAAAAAUGCCAGCAUUUUUGAAAAAAAAUUCCACAGCUUGCACUUAAAAGAACAAAGGAAUGCAGAAGGGGAGGUGUACAGCAGUGCAAGUCAGCAAAGCUGUAGACACAAGCUUACUGCUAAACUACCAUCAUGCUUCUGCUGGCUGAAGCAGCACACAUCACCACUGACAGCUUGGGCCUAGAACUCACCACCCAGGUCAGCUUUUUUAGCUUAUAUUCGCCUGUUACACUUUAACCUUUCCUAGAAGAGGACAAUUUUUCACCUUGUGCAGUAAACACAAUUAGUUUCUACAAUGGGUAACAGCCCAACCAGCCUAAAUAUGUCAUUCCCUUGGAUAUACCCAGUUCCAUUCUUAACACUUUUAU